AUGCCACUUUCAGACUUGGAUUUCACCGUGUCCGACUUCGACCCCGAACACGAAGCUUUGGCCUCUACCCGCGAGUUCGGCAGCCCGCGACUGCCCAGCAUGAGAGACGCAUAUGGAGAUGCAGUGGAGGAAGAGGAGCCAGACUUUGUGAUCAACACCUCUACCUUGGAUCGCGCUUUCCCGGAAUUUUCCCAGCUACCAACAUCCGAAGAAGAAGACAACCAAGCACAACAGCAUCGCGACCGCGACCGAGACACCAUGUCCGAUGUCAGUGACCUCUCGAUGGAGCUGGGGCGCGGCAACUCAAACAAGCCUGCGCGUCGCAUUGAUGAUUCGCGUGAUUCAAUCAUGUCAUUCCAAAAUAGCAUUCGUUCAUCCUCGCCGGCCGUUCGUGUCGACUAUCCGACACCCCAGAAACAGUCACCAGCGCGCCCAACUGCCAGACGCCCCGCGAGUGAGAAUCUCCGAAAAGAUGCCCAAUUGCGACGUGCCACACAGGCCCAGAAAGAGACUGCAAAUUCACAAGCGACCAACAAGUUACAGCGCGACCAACGCCGGACCCUCUCAGAUAUGCACGCCAAAGUUCGCGACGACUACGAUGGCUCCCUCCUUGUGGACGAACGGCCCGCUCCGGUCGCGACGAACAACCGGUCAACGCGUUUCGGAAAUUUGAACAACUCUCAAGAAAUCGCCGAUGCUGUCGAGCGAGCUUCAAGGGAGGCCUAUGCCAAAGAGAUGCGCAAGGCUACUGGCGGAGGAACUCCUCGCAAAACGAGCAACAACCACACCCACACGAUGGGCGACACCAUGACACGCCAGUCUUUCCUUCUUCCUGACUUGCCCAAUAUCUCCGAGCUUGUCUCGGGAGUGUACGAAGAUGGCACGCCUGUCUUCCCCCGUCAGCACAAGAUGCGCUCCACUCGAUUUGUCUCUCCUCCUCACGAAGCGACGGACAUCUCAACUGUGCGCGAGCAUCGACCUCUGGACGCUAUUCCGAUCCCUGAAGAUGAGAAGGCACUGUUUGUGUCUCUGCGGUUGCUUCAAGACAAGGUUGCGGAGUUAGAGAUGUUUAAAUCAGACGCAGAGAGGCGCAUUGAGAACUACCGAGAAGAGAACGCAAUGCUAAAAGCCAGUCGGACCCGCCAUUCUGACCACCAUGCAACGGAUGACCUUGACCACAGGAAAACCUCCAAACGAAUGAAUUCGGAAAUUCAAAAGCUUGAAGCCGAGAACAUCGCUUUGCAAAAUCAGUUGGAUAUUGCCGAUCGCAAGUCUCAAGUUCAGGAGGCUGCGGUCAAGCGGCUCAACCACGAGAGAGAAUCCGCCAUUUCGCAACUCGGUGUGGCGUACCUCGAGACCAGAGAGCUUAAGGCGGAGAAUGAUCAGUUGCGCGAGGAGAACUCAACUCUCAAGUCGCAAUUGAAGCGGCUCUUAUUCAAGAUUCGCCGAGAAGAGACUCAGGAAACAGAUUCAAGUGUUUCUGCUUCGGACCCUGAAGACAGCAACACCUAUAGCGCAGAUGUUAGUCGCAACACCAAAGACGUCACCGCCAAGAGUACUCGCACACAGUCAAGAUCGAAGCGCCAAGACGAUUCUCGUGCCAAGGUUUCUACACAAGUAGACAAGGAAAUUUCCCGUCUGGAGAAAGAACGCGCGGAGGAGGAGUUAUUCUCGAUUGACAAGCCCACUUCGAAGCGGGCAUCUGCCGCCAAGUCCACGAGGUCAGGCACUUCCGAGUCAAAAGGCAACCGGAAACAGUCCAACACAUCCAAGCAGCGCGUCAAACGCGUCAUCUUAGAGGAUGUCAGCAGCGCUCUGGAAUCUACCGAACAAUCAAAGGCAUCUGCGGAUGGAAAUGAUCUUACGCUGUUGAGCGUAAUUGACGAAAAUGAGAUCGCCAAGCUCCGAAAAACGCUGGAGGAAGAACGCCUGUCUCGCAAGCAACGCCGUUCCAGCGCUGCCAAAGACGCGUCCACCAUUGAGGCUGUGAACUCGAUUCGCCAGAGCAUCCUCAAGGCCCCUCAGCCACGCAAAUCGUCGUUGCGAGAGCCAAAGCCAACCAUUUCUCGUCCUGCAUCGGCGGCAGGCGACAUUACGACCCGGUCCUCUGCAACUACAGAUGCCGAUACAAGCCUUGUUGUGCCCACUGCUGAGCGGCUACGACGUCACUCCGAUCAGUCAGUCGUGCCUACACCUCAGCGAAGAAAGCGAAGGAACGUUGAGGACAUGACGUCUGCCUUCAUCCUUCCCGACAUCACUCUUAGCCGCGCGGACUUAGCUGCCCGGAAUCCAUCUCAAUUACCCGAAUCGACCCAGCGUGCUUUGAACGAAAUCGCCCAGCAUGAUGGAAACAACUGUGUGAUCUGCAAGAUCGUGCACCCCCACGGAGACUCCUGUUCGCUCGAGGCUAUGAAGAUCCCUCAGCCUGUUCCAGUUUCUGAACGCAUGCCGAACACUGAGGAUCCCACGAUGCGCCCGUCACAGCCGCCUGCUGUGGCUCUCGCCACUGUGCUCAAGACGCUAGAGGACGAACUCGCCCACCUAAAAAUGCAGCUUGCCUCCUACCAGGCGGCCUAUAAUAAGCUUGACGCUUCACUUGGCAAGCGUCAGCGCAAAUCCGUGAUGCGCAAGAUCGAGACUGUCAUGAAGGACAUUGAUAUGAAGUCGGAUCAAAUUUACUCGCUCUACGACGUGUUGGAAACAUGCAAGGGCGACAUUUCAAAGCGUGACCUCGACCUGACGCUGGAGUCUAUUGGCAUUGACAUGACCGCCAACACUUCCAAGUCACGUACGGGUCCAGUCAAUUUGGAUGACGAAGAGGAAGACGAUCUGCCCUGGGAGGGCAUCGAGAGCACCGCGGAACUGACCGGUCGCACAUGA